UACUUUAAUCCGUAAUAAUUAAUAAACUAAUUAAAAAUUAUGAAUAAUGUUCACGCCAAAUUUUUAUUUUUUCACGCCGGAUCUAACGAUAUGUCUCCUGUCCGGGGCUUAAGAAACACCGUGUAUUAUUGAAAAUUUCUAUAAAAAUGUUCUCAUCUCUGAUUAUUGAGUUUUUCAUCAGUUGAAAUAACAUACGAUAUUGAAUUCGGAAUUUUCAUAAUGGGCUACAAAAAUGAAUACCAUAGAUCAAUUGAUGAAUAUAAUUUAGCAACACCCAUUCAAUUGAAAAUGGUAUGCUAUUGGGUCUUGGCUGGUUUAAGGAUAGUACUGACAUUCCUGCCACAAAUUGGUUAUAUACAUCCUGAUGAAUAUUUUCAAUCAAUAGAAGUAAUUGCAGGCGAUUACUUUGAUAUCGAUGUUUACAAACCAUGGGAGUAUAAUGCUUCCUUUCCCGUACGAACAGCUGUGUUUCCCUAUUUAAUUGUUGGAACAUCAUAUUCUAUUCUAAGCAGAUUGUCCCCAUAUUCUAUUUAUUUAUUUGGUACACCUUUAAAAUCACCAUACUUUCUAAUCUUAUUCCCACGACUACUUAUGUGUGGUUUCUCGUUUGUUUCCGACUAUUGCCUUUAUAGAAUAUGCAAUUUGUAUAAUCAGAAUUAUAGAGUGAGAUUAGUCACAUAUGCCAGUUCUUACAUUAUGAUCACAUAUGCUACAAGAACAUUUUCUAAUAGUAUUGAGCUUGUAUUAACGUCUUUAUUGUUGCACUUUGUAUCGGAAUGCAUGGCCUAUUCAGAGAAGAUUGUCUUUCAAAGUGAUCAUCUCUUUGAAAGGUACAGACGAGCCUCAAGCGAUGUGGAAAGAGUCAAAUAUUAUAAGCUACUGGCAUCUUUGCCACAGCAUUCCUUGAAUCACUGUCUCAUUUUGGCAACUAUAACCGUUGCUGGUAUUUUCAAUAGACCGACCUUCAUAGCUUUUGCAUUUCCACCAAUAUUCUUUUGGCUUCAAAGAGGUCUUGGUUCGAAAACUGUAGGGCUUCUUGACUUCCAUAUAAGAAUCUUUACAUUUAUUCUAUAUGGCAUUCCCACUGCUAUUUUCUUUAUACUCUUUGAUAGUUUUUACUUUGGAUACUUAACAUUAGCCGAGAUACAUAAUUUAGACAUUGGCAUGAAGAACUUUGUAGUGACUCCACUCAAUUUUCUAAAGUACAAUUCAGAAACUAAAAAUCUUGCUAGUCACGGCCUCCAUCCACGUUUUCUACACUUCCUAGUAAAUGUACCACUAUUGUAUAACGUUCUUGGAAUCAUUGGUCUCAUCACCUUUGGUAAAAUGAUAUACAGUGGCUUGAAAGCUCGAUGGCUUGAGUUACCACGUAUCCAAAGCAUUAUCGGUCUGAUGACAACGUCAUUCAUCCUGCCAAUAUUGAUUCUGUCUAUAUUUCCACAUCAGGAGCCACGUUUCAUUAUUCCUGUGACUCUGCCACUAGUGUUUCUCUAUGCCGAAAAGAUAUGCGACAACCCAAGUACAAAAACAGUUGCUUAUGUUAAUUAUAAAGCGAGAAAGCAAUCACAGCAGCGAAAAAAUUCGAAAAUUCGAAAACUUGUUGCCACAUGGUAUAUUUGUAACACGUUGUUGGCCUUCUUUUACGGUUUUGCUCAUCAGGGCGGUGUGUUUCCAUUGGCAACGCACAUUGCUGCAGAACUGAAAGCUAAACCGCAUCUGACACAUAUUCAUGUAUUCACAUCGUAUACAUACUCGUUCCCAACAGCUUUAAUCCAACUAAGAAAUACAAAAAGAACGUACAUAACAAAGGAUAAAUAUAAGUAUCGUUUGACCAAAGAUUUCUUUCUUUAUGAACAAGGUGCCAGGGAUAUCGAUGAUAUUUAUGAGGACAUUGCCAAAAAAUUACAGGAGUGCGAAAAACAGUUUAUGGUUAAAAAGAUUCCAUAUAGGUUCUAUUACGCACUUCCUGUAACUUUAUUUGAUGACUUUAUGGAAUAUGCAUUUAAGAAUAAUUCAAGAUUAAUUCAUUAUCGUGUUAUAAGGACGUUUUAUCCACAUGUAACCGUAGAAUGGUUACCGUUUCUUGAUACGAUUAAGCACUGUAUUUUUUAUGGAAAAUCGGAGGUCUGCAUUCAGCAAUUAUUUGAAAAACCAGCAGAAAAUGUAUUCAAGCUUUUACGUCAGUUUGGUUUGCUGUUAUUGAGAAUUGAAUAUCCCACCAAGGAAACAAAUCAAAACAUUAUUUUAUAGCCCACGAAGACGCCAUGCUUCUCAUGUCUUAAUAGAUAUUCAAAUCGGCAAGUAUUCACUCUCAAUCUUGUUCCAUAUUGAGACUGACGUUGAUAUUCCGAUAAUGAAUACAUUAAUAUCUUUCAAAUCUUUUAACAUUGACUUAAUGCUUACUACUGAUCCAAUUGAUAUUAGAAACGAUUGUUAAGUGACAAAUAAUAACGUGGAAGUUGACUAAUCGAUAAAUCAUUUAACAAAAUGUCAUAUAUACGAGUUGGUAAUUACAUCUAAAAUAGAAUUAAGAAGGCCUGGAGUCAAUGAAUGGUUAGGAAUAAAUAAGUUUUGAUUGUUCGCUACUCAACAUUUCUAUUUUUUCGUAUAGGAGAACGUUACAUAAAUCUUAUUCGAUAAAUUAAUUUGUUUAAUUAAAUUAA